AUGCCAAAUGAGCCAAAAAAGCUCUUAGAGAAUCUUUGUGACGGCCUUCAGACUUUCCUCGGCUUCGACUCUGCUUCCAAAGGCUACGAUGGCAGUGGUAUUGUGUACUCUGACCUAGAUAGGCUGUGUGACGGGGUGAUGGGAUUUUUGUAUCAGGUGCUUAAGGAUGUCAGCGAGAAACAGCCUUAUGAAUCAGGUAAGCGAAUGUUUUUAGACCGUUUAAUUCGUGAAAUAUAUGCCAAAUUAUGUUCAGGUGUUGAAGGCUUCAAGAGCGUCGUAGACCGUGUCAUCAGCAGGGUGAAGCAGUACAAUGAGAAAGUUGUAGACUCAAAUGACAAGGUAAGUGAACCGAUUAAUGAACUAUUAGGUAAGGUGAGAGACGAGUAUACCAAGUCAAUUACUAGCAUUCCAGAUAAAACGGACUUGAAAAUCAUGACUCCAGAAGAAAUCGGCAAGAUUGUCUCGCCCGUUGAUAAGUUGAGAGAUGCGUGCAUAAGCAGCGCAAAGUCAUUUGACACCAAACUUACUAAGUUAACUAAGCAUAUUAAUGAUCUUAAUUAUAAAUUGCGUGACAGUGUAAAAACUACGCGUGAGCGUAUUCAGCUUGAGACUGCACGUGUUGAGGCGAUGUCCAAAAAGGAACGCGAGAACUACGACGCGGUUAUAAAGCUGCUCGAAGAUUCCGCAGAAAACUUGAAAAAAGUGGUAAACCAAAAAGUUAAGAAUGAUGUGAGUUCGCUAGUCGCGGAGUUGAAG